AAAAUGUGUACAUACCUUGUAAGCAAGGAUGCAGCUCUCCAGCCACUGUUACUAUGAACCAAAUAUACACAUUAGGUUUUUAGUACGUUGGCAACAGUUCUACUACACGUUGUUUACAAUGAAGAAAUUUACAUCGGUAUAAAGUAUUAAAUAACCAUGGCAAAGAGUUUAAGGAGUAAAUGGAAAAGGAAGAUGCGUGCUAUCAAGAGAGAGAGGUAUGGAGUCAAAGAGCUGAAGCAAUUGAAAAGUAUAAUUGAAGCUGCUGAGAAUAAAGACGUUGACAUGAAAGACAUAUGCAAUGUUAUUCCUAAAGGUGGUCUUACAAAACUGAAUAAAGAACUCAAUGAAACAGUUCAAGAUGGUGUGGCAGAAAAAGAAUCAAAUGUUUCUCUCAGUAAUUCCGAAGAAAAUGCCAUAUCCAGUACCAUGGAAGUAGAUAAUCCUGGUUCUAAGUACCAUCCUAGAUUAUUAAGAAAUGAACAUGGAAACUACCCUAUUUGGAUGAACCAACGAGCAAUUAAGAAACACAAAGCCAAGCUUAAGCUUGGUCGUGUUAAAAAGGCUAAGAAAAACAAAAAGAAAUAGUUACAUGUUUUUAUUUUCUGCUUGCUAACUUGUAAAUAAAAUAAUAAUAAUACAUUUUC